UCUACAUUACGCGCAAUGAAUGUCACAUGGGGUUUGCUGGCGGCUUUGAGUCUGGUGUGCCACACCGAGUCGAGGUGCUCACCGACCUCUUACUACAAGAACUGCUGGAUUCGACGCUUUCCGGGGAUUUUCAUCGACAUCGAGGAGUCUCAGAGGAGAGGAGCGCAGCUUUUGAAACACUACCAGGAGGAGACGGCGCUGAAAUGCAGCCGCACCUGUUGCCUUACGAGAAACUUUUCCUGUAAUCUGGCCAUAUUUCACUAUGAUACCACUCAAGAGAAUGUGAACUGCUUCCACCUGCACUGUCCGACCCUGGAGAGCUGUAUUCUCAGCCACAGAGGCAACGUUGUUCUGUACAAUAUCACCAAGGGUGUGGAUCCUGACCUGUUGGUGUUCGGAAAAUACUUCACCUCCAAUGUACGUGUGUUACCCCACCACUACAGUCGAGUCAACGCCUCAGAGCCGCUGCCCUCAGACAAACGCCAGUUCAUUCACCCACCUCCGCCUGCUGCACUGCCGCUGACUUCAGCGCCCACAGUUAGACCACCCACCACAGCGAGCAGAGUGCUCCCCACCACCACCACCACCACCACCACACUGCAUAGCACCAGUCAGCCUUUGACAGUUCCCACAACUACACCUGCCUUAUCUACCACUCUAAACACUCCCCUAGCUUCAGGGAACCAUGCACAAAUAACAACCCUGACAACCGCCACCACUUCCCUUGCACCCAGCUUUACUACACCUCCUUCAUCCACCACAGCAACCACCCUCAGCCCUUACAAUCCCAGGACCACUCCAGCCUUUCCCACCACAACUGCACAGCCCUCCACAUCCCCUACCCAUCAUCACACCACCACCUUCUCUCAGCUAGCCACCAGCCCUCCAACUUCCACAGCCCUUAUGGGCAAUAUAGAGAGCAGCAAGCAAUAUCCCAAUGACACCAAGGGCAACCUGGGGAGGAACCACACUGCAGGCAGUGAGGGGGGCCAGGGCGUCAGCGGAGAGGACACCUUCGGGGGUUUGGGAUCUGGGUGGCAUGUGGCCGCUCACACCUUGCUGGUUGCAGUGGCCAUCUGUAUCACAGUGCUGCUAAGCUGCUGUUGCUCGAUUGUGCUUGUCGUGAGCUGGAGGGGACAGAGGAAGAGGAUGGGACGCUACCGAACAUCAUGGAGAGGGAAAAGAGGCUCCAUGCGUCUGAUAAAGUAUGUGCUGGUCAGAGAGAACACCUGAAAGUGCAGUUAAAAGUGUGCCGGAACUGACAUUUCUCUUUUGUUUACAGCAAUGUUUCUAAUGAAGAAAUCCAAGAGACAUUUUACAUAAAUUCAAAUUUCUACUGUUAUAUUUUUGUAAAAUUGAUUUUGCAUACUGGAUUAUUUUAAUAGCAAGGACAUUGCUUUAUUUUAAGCAGAUUUGGAGGGAAAUGUAUUUACUGUCAACUGAGAAAUUGAGGUUACAUUUCUGUAUAUUUAAACUGAACAUGCAGAGGUAUUUUAUGGCAUAGAUGAGAUUACCAAAUACAUAGUUGCCAUGAUUUUGGUUUCACUUGUGACGCAAUGACUUUCAACAGAAGAGCUGAACUCAGCCAAUGCAUUUGACCACAGCAAUUUCCCUCAAGAAAGACGAUAUGAUGUCCUUUUGGCUGACCUACAUUUUGAUGUACUUCAAUGAGUUUAAACUGAUGUUGAUGCCAAACCUCAAGGACUUUGGCCAGUUGUUCUUAAGUGGGAGUUAAUGGUCACUUCCAAAAAGACUGCUACAAUUCAAUGGUUGUUCAGAUAAUCAACAAUGUGCGAUGAUGGGGCUGCCUUUUGCCUUGUGGCCUUCAGUAUUUAACCCUUCUGCAGUCCAGCACAUCUCCUCAGUGCAUUGAGUUUCUUCUGACCUCAAAGUGCACAGACCACAGACCAAAACUCCGUAAGAGAAGGGUGAGGUACUUUUCAACAGCCUGCUGAUGAAAGCAUCCUUUCACUGGGGUGUCACUCCUCAACCGGAUAGUGACAAGAGUGGGAUGGAAGCUGAAGUUGGGCUAGGAAGAGACUGAAAGGGGCUUUUAUUACAUAAAAGCUUUAACCACCACGCACACAAACUUCCAACUUUCCAACUUAGACUUUUAUUUUUGUAUUAAAGACAGCAUCAUACACUUAAUGACAGUAAAUCUAUUUUGGAAAAUAAAUACAUUAAUUGAGACCUUUGAGGUUGUUAUAUCCUGAUGUAUACUGAAACAUUAAUCAUCUUCAGUAAUCUCUUGUUUGUCUUGCUGAUACAUACAUGGAGUCCAAAGUGAUCCCACAAGUAUUUAAAAAUGUUUGGAGCCUAUUACAGGUCCCUGCUGCUCUUGUUCACCAUCCUUAUGUAAAUACACUUGUACAUUAAGCUGUAUUACAAUUGGAGUACUUUCUUGACAGCCUCUUUGUACUGCAGCAUGGUGCUCUCGUUCUCCCCUUCAUUCUUCAACCUUGUCACAGAGUCCUUAUAUUCCUGCACCUCUCUUCUUCCCAGCAACUGCUCUCGCACUUCGUCGCCUUCUCCUUCCCCGGCCUCUUUCAUGCGUACCAGCACGUCCAAGAUAUUCUUUUGGGACGGGCUGCCCUCCCAGCUAUACUCCUCCAUGUCUGCCACGGUCUUCUCCGCCUCCCAGGCUUCUAUUUUCUAAAGAAUGGGAAAUACAGAACACUUUUGUUACCUUUAAACGCAGACCGCAAAAGGGAAGAUUUAUCCAACUCGACUUGUCUGUAGCAUUCGAUUUGUACAGUGUACAGCAGUUACGUCACAGUAAUACAAACGUUGUGCUAAUUGUGGAAGAUGUUUUUUUCUGCAGGGUAGCAACAACGUAUAUUAAGAACAAACUUUUUAAACGAUCUGGCUCGGGCUCUACUUUGGAAUACAGUAUGGCAACAGAUGUAAAAUAUGGGGGUCCUUCGUAACCCCCUCACCCCUUCUUUGAUGCUCCUCUCACAGAGAUAGUAUUUCUCCAUAUGUAGUGCUCUGUCCGCUGCCUGUCUUGCUGUCAUCACAUUCCCUUGAGAACAAUACGCCCCAUUGUGCAGAAGCUUAAAGCGGGCUAGCGACAGAGCCUCAGCUCUGCUGCUCUCCAGGUGUUUGAGGUUAAUGACCAUCAUUACCGCUAUACAUAUCUGAUCCACAUAACAUCCCAUCUGGUACCAGGCCAAGUGAGUGAGGAGGAAUAGAUACUUGGGAAUAGAUCAGUAGCUUCCUUUAAAAUAACGAAGGCCUACUUUAGUUAUAGAUAAAAAGGAUCUGCCGAUAAUCCUCAUGCCAAAUUAAAGACCGAAUGUUUGAUAACUCGCCAAGACACGAAUGGCCACCUGUUUUCCCGAUCUAGUUUAUGUACCUGCGAAAUAACAUUGAUAUUUUCAGUUGGGGGAGGAAAGGGAAGGACAGGUGUGAUGGCACAAAUGCAGAUGGAGUGCCUCUCGUGGUAAGCUUUCCUCAAUGUUGGAGGCAGCUUCGAGCGGUCAGCCCUAAUGCUGACCUGGAUUAGCACACACUAGAAUUAGCAGGGAAGGUCCGUCUCCCUGAGUGGGGAGAUAAAAUCACCUCAGUGGCUGCUAACAACUGGCCUCUUUGUGGGCUAGCGUUACAACCUGAACGCUACGCCACUCUCACAGCUUCCACAAGCCUGCUGGACAAGCACUGUGCCUUCCAUUGUGUGUCCAAAAGGGCAGUGGACAGUGUUAUGCUUCCUGGCUCGGACACCUUUCCCAACUGAGAGAACUUCUUUUUUUUUUUUUUUUUAUGUGCCUAAACCAUGACGGGAAAAGCUCCUCAAGGCACUGCUGGCGCCUUGUGGCAGACUUCUCUGAUGUGGCAUGGUUGGCUUAAUGUGAAUGAGUAUCAGGGUCAACACCUGAUAGGGGAGUCUGUUUUCCCCCCACCUGUGGAGAAAUGUCAACUGGACAAUGCUGCUGUUUGCCAUCCUGCUGCCCAUUCAAGGCUGAUACCUCCCUAAUGGGCUUAGUCUCUCAGAUUGCAGAGCAAGAUGGACAAGAAUUCCCCUGGUAAAAAAGGUACAGUGCCAUGGUGCUGGCCAUAUGGAAAUGUCACCAAAGCAGAUAAAAGUGAUACAAAUCUUUAACAGAAUGUUUUUUUGUAAUACAAUAUUUUUUGCAGAGUAUUCUUUUCUAAAAAAAAAAAA